UUCCUGAUAGACCUAGAUGGAUAAACACAAUCUAACAAUGCUGAAUGAAUUCAUUCUGAUGGGAAUCACAGACCGCCCUGAGCUGCAGGCUCCAUUAUUCUUGCUCUUCCUCGUCAUCUACAUGAUUUCAAUGGUGGGCAACUUGGGCAUGAUCAUCCUGACCAAGGUGGACUCUAAGCUGAAAACGCCCAUGUACUUUUUUCUCAGACACUUGGCUAUCACGGAUCUUGGUUACUCAACAACUGUGGGACCCAAAAUGCUAGUCACUUUUCUUGUGAAUCAAAACACAAUCUCCUAUUAUUUUUGUGCUAUACAACUAGGUUUUUUUCUCCUGUUCAUUGUUAGUGAAAUUUUCAUUCUGUCUGCCAUGUCCUACGACCGCUAUGUGGCCAUCUGUAACCCACUGCUCUAGACAGUAAUCAUGUCACAAAGGGUAUGUCACGUGCUGGUGGCAAUUCCCUAGUUCUACAGCACAUUUGUUUCUCUUCUAGUGACUAUAAAGGUCUUUAACUUAACCUUCUGUGGCUACAACGUUGUCAGUCAUUUCUAUUGUGACAGUCUCCCCUUGCUGUCUUUGCUCUGCUCAAACACCCAUGAAAUUGAAAUGAUCAUUCUCAUCUUAGCAGCUUUUGAUUUGAUUUCCUCCCUUUUAGUCGUUCUUGUUUCUUACCUGCUCAUUCUCCUAGCCAUACUCAGGAUGAACUCAGCUGAGGGCAGGCGCAAGGCCUUCUCCACCUGUGGAUCCCACCUGACAGUGGUGGUAGUGUUCUAUGGGACUUUAAUCUUCAUGUAUGUGCAACCCAAGUCCAGUCAUUCCUUUGACAGUGAUAAAGUGGCUUCCUUAUUUUACACCCUGGUAAUCCCCAUGCUGAAUCCUUUGAUCUAUAGUUUGAGGAACAAAGAUGUAAAACAUGCCCUACAUAGGAUAUGGAAAAGUAUAUGCAAUAACUUUGCUAAUGGUUGA